AUGGCCGAAGAAAAUUUCACAGCUGUUACUGAAUUUAUUCUUUUGGGAUUGACAGAUAAUGCUGACCUAAAAAUCAUGCUUUUUGUGUUGUUCUUGGUGAUUUAUGCAAUUACCUUGGCAGGGAAUCUGGGCAUGAUUUUCUUAAUCCAAAUCACUCCCAAGCUCCACACACCCAUCUACUUUUUCCUAAGCUGCCUUUCAUUUAUAGAUGCCUGCUAUUCAUCUGUUAUUGCACCGAAAAUGCUGAUCAACUUCUUGAUUGUGAGGGAAACCAUCUCAUUCUCUGCCUGCAUAGUGCAGCUUUUGUUUUUUGUGUUUAUCACCACAGAAGGCUUCUUGCUGUCAUUGAUGGCCUAUGACCGCUAUGUGGCCAUUGCCAACCCUUUGCUUUACAGUGUAGUCAUGUCUAAAAGGAAGUGUGUAGGGCUGGUCACUGGGUCAUUCGUCAGUGGAAUGCUCAACUCAUUGAUACACACAAUAAGCUUGGGAAGACUGUCCUUUUGUGGGUCCAAUGUUGUUAGCCACUUCUUCUGUGAUGUUCCCCCACUGCUAAAGCUGUCGUGUUCUGAUACAUCCAAGAAUGAGUUGCUGCUCUUAACUUUUUCUGGAGUCAUUGCCAUGGCUACUUUUUUGAUUGUGGUCAUUUCCUACAUUUUCAUUUUUAUCACUACCCUGAGGAUCAGUUCAGCAGCAGGUAGACAGAAAGCCUUCUCCACCUGUGCCUCUCACCUGACUUCUGUGACCAUAUUCUAUGGUACCUUAAGCUUUAGUUACAUUCAGCCAAGUUCCCAGUAUUCUGUGGAGCAGGAGAAGGUGGUUUCUGUGUUCUAUACACUAGUGAUUCCCAUGUUAAACCCACUUAUUUACAGUCUGAGAAACAAAGAGGUAAAGGAUGCUGUGAAAAGGGCCAUAGAGAUGAAACAUUUCCCCUGUUAA